AUCAAUCUUAUGUCGGUGUUUGUUAUUGGUCAAUUCGCAUAGGUUGCAAGGUUCACCAACAUGGAAGGGGUAGGAGGAAAACCGAUCGAGUUGAAUGAUUAAUCGUGGCGUAAAAUUCUGCAAUGUGAGAACUUAUCAGUGAAAGAUGCUGUCUUUAGAAGAAGGAUGGAAGUGGCCAGCCCUUGCUUUGUUCCUGUUUUUAGUAACAUUCGGAUCAGUUGGUCUCCUGAGUUUGGGUUAUGUCAUCUGUAUUCUGAUUGGUGGAAUGGUGAUGACUUUCUACCAUGGCAGGCAGCUGUCACAGUCGGCCCUACAGAUGGAAUUACCAGAUCUACCGCGCUCCAAGCCAGGCGUUCUCACAGUAGUGAACAAGAUGGAGUCCUCUCCCAAAGGGAAGAAUUUUGACAGAAGGAUGACUGGGGCGAGCGUCAUUGAUGAGGCAUUACAUGAGGUAUUGACCUAUGCCAUCAGAGAUUACAUCAAGUCCUGGUACAGACAAGUUUCUGAUCACGACGGGUUUGUCCUCGACAUCAGACAAUGUGUUCAGAAACUCACCAUCACAUUUGCUUCCAGAACAAAAGAUGUGGAUUGGAUGCCGUUUUUCUCACAAAGACUUGUGGAUGAUUUUGCGUCCCACUUACGAUUAUACCGCAGAGCCCGGGAUGGUGCAACAGUCCCCCCCACUGAUGAACUUUAUCAAGAACAGGUUCAAUCAGCCUUCUUUGAUCUAGAGGUUGCCAUGGAGAAAGAUAAAUGCAGAGACUUGGUGUGUUUAGAUCCUGAAGCCGAAAAACAGUACCUUCAGAAUUUGAGUGAGGUUCUUUUAUUUUUACUUCUGCCACCAGACGACUUUCAGAAUAAAACUUUUAGAUAUAUUUUAAGGGAAGUGCUAGUCAACGGUAUAUUUAUUCCCACCAUUGAACUGUUGUCAGAUCCUGACUACUUAAAUCAAUACAUUGCCUGGUUGUGUAAAGAUGGCUCCUUCACUAACGAGAGCUUCCUGACGGUCAUCAAAUCGUCUCAUCUGGUCGGGGAGCUGGAGGCAGUGAAAGAGAUCACGGAACAGAACAUCGCCAAGUGGCGCUCGCGGGACACUGGCGGUGCCGAUGAUGCUGUGAUUAAACAAAAGUUAAAUAGUUUAUUGUUUGUCAAGAAUAUCUGUGAGGGGAGGAUCCGUCGCAUCCAGGAAGGAAGUUUAGACGAUAUAGAGGAAGCCCCUGAUAUAUGCAGAGCCAAAAAUAUAUUUGUACUUAGUUUAGAUGAAAUAAUUGAAAAUAACAUAGCAUUAGCAGUAUUUAUUGAAUUUAUGACCAAUGUCUGUGGACAGCAGUAUUUAUUUUUUUAUUUAAAUGUUGAGGGAUUCAGAACAGCGGCAGGUCAGCAGAUAUUAGACGCGCAACAGCGCGCCAUGAAUGGUAUGUCAACAGAGGCGGACCUGGAAUCAUUACGUCGGGCGGCCAUGAUUAUUUACGACCAAUACCUGUCCGACAAGGCCUCAUCUAGAAUUAAGCUAGAAAGUGAUAUAGUGAAAAGAACUUUGCAGAAAAUCAAAAAUAAAAACAUUGCUGAGGACUUGUUUGAUGAAGCCCAGUCUAAGGUUUACCAGAUCCUGCAUUCGGAGCAAUACUAUGAAGCAUUCCUUCAGAGCAAUGUCUACCUCAAAAUGCUGCAGGAAAUGGGAUUAUCCAAGCCAGAUAAGCCAGAAGAUGGCGACACCAGUAGUCUGGAUGAGGAUGCAUCUACAAAGUCGGUAGCCUCAUUGGGUAUGGAGGACUCUUCUGAGGAAACUUCACUACCAAGGUCAAGGUCAGAUUCUCCUGUAACCACGGACACUGCGAUAACAGCAUUUAUCUCACAGACAGGAAUGAUGAAGGAAUCUGACAAGAAUUCUGGGAAGACUUACGCCGUGUUUGCAGUGCGUGCAACUAAGACUAGUGGAGAUGAGGAAGAGGUGUCAGAGACGUACCGUCGCUAUAGCGACUUCCACGACCUCCAUAUGCUGAUCCAAGAAAAGUUCCCAGAUUUUCAGUGCCCACCCUUACCUGGUAAAACCAUCGUCAAGAACAUGAAUAAAGACUUCCUGGAGAAGAGAAAGAAAUCAUUGAACACCUACUUAAUGAAUCUAAUGAAACAAGAGGUGUGGAUCAAAUAUCCAGGAAUGAAGGAGCUGGUUCUCAAAUUUGUGGCUCCAGGACUGUGGGAAAAACAUAAGAGUGAACUAGCCAGAAAGAUGGACACCAUUGUGAACCCUAUUCGCUCCUCUGUGAAGACCGUGGGGCGAGCUGUGUCCACAGACUCACUGGUGGAUGGGCUGGGCAAGGUCUUCAAAAGUGAUUCCAACGAUCGGCGAGCAUUAGACAGUGGAAAAGUUGCUGAUGGUUUAGAUGGGGAUGCUGACAACAUUCCGUUACGUGUCAUGCUUCUACUGAUGGACGAGGUUUAUGACCUCCGGGAGAAGAACACGUGGCUACGUCGCCGCAUUGUUGCGGUGCUUAAGCAGCUCAUCAAGGUGACAUUUGGAGACUCCAUUAACAAGAAGAUUGUCGAUUAUGUCGAGUUUAUGACAUCUGCUGAGCAGAUGGCAGAAUAUGUCAGGAAAUUCAGGGAUUCCUUUUGGCCGGCAGGAAGUCUGGCAGAGCCGCGAGUACAGCGUGACGUCCACACCAAAAUGAGGACCAGGGUCUUAUGUAAAGCCAAGAUGCUCGGAUCUGUGUCUGAUGAUUUCCGGCACCUAAUGGGUACAGAUACGAUCCGUAUCGGGACCAGUCGGAUGUUCGACAUGUUUCAGCACCAAAAACUCAACAAACGGUUUGUGUACGUCUUUCUGGAGGGGGUCAUUAUAACCCUUUUCCCUCAGAACAAGUUUCCCGAACUUUUUACUCGUUUACAUUCCCGCUCGGACCGAGUUGUGAAUCAUAUUGCCAAAAUGAAGGAGAAAAAUGCAGACAGUUCUGAGUCCGGAGCUCGGAAACGACGGAGGUGAUUGAAUGUGCAACAGGAAGUGAGUCUCGUUUUGGUGAAUGACGUCCAAGUUGUCAAAUUUUAAAAACUCUGAUAUUAUGAAGUAGCGAUUCAGAAUUUUUUUUUUAAACCUAUGAGAUUCCAAUGUUAAAAGCUUGUCUGUCAACCACCACAGACGUAGGAUUUUAACGGAUUUGUGCAAUGCUGGAUCUGGUGAAUGUUUGUUCCCAGAGUUUUAACGUACAAUAGGUUUGCGUUUUGGAAUUUAGGAGAAUAUUCAUGAAUGGAUCCUUAAUCUGCUGUAAAAUGAUUAUCGUCCAUUGAUGAUGGAAAAACCUGUGAGAAUUCAGCAGCUAUAUAUAAUGACGUACCUAGUGAUCUGAAGUAGACGUAAUGAAGGGCAGUAACUUCCGUGGAAUUCCAUUUUAUAGUCUUAGUUAGCAAUCAAGAAAACCAUGUGUGUUUUUUAAACUGUGCAGUAGCUGUGUUUUUAUUUCAACAUUCUGAUUUCUUCAGUUCUCAUUUGCUGCAUUACUUUGUAGGAAGCAGAAUCUUUGUGUGUUUUAAAACUGAAAUCAAUUCAUUGCAAUGGUCAUAUUACAGGUAUAGAAUUUCACUCCAAAUCCUAAAAAACGUAAAGGGACCACUCAAUUAGUCCUAUAUUGCAAAUAGGGACUACUUCAUUCGAAAGAAGUCACAAAUUAGGACAUUUAUUAGCUUGUACAUGUACUAUAGUUAUAAAGAUUUAUUGAGCUAGAUAAAAAAAAUUUUAUCAUUGCCUAUUUAGCCUCCCACUCAAUUUCUUUGUUAUUAAAUUCACUACAAACUACACCAAGCAAAUUUAAUUUUCUGAAUUAAUCUUUCACUACACCUAUCCAAGUAUCCAUAUGUAUUACGUUUUGUCACGACCUGCCCCAAUCCCAUUAACCCCAAGAAGUUUCAUAUGAUUUUCAAAGAAUCCCUAUAUAAUGU